AUGUUCGUCGCCGACCAGCCCUGGAGUCGGGCUCUCAGAUGUUUGAAAGAACAGGAUAGCAUUGUUUGCAUAACUCGAACUAUCAUUAACAUUAGCUCAGGUAAGAACGACUGGAUGAGUCGAUCGCCGAAAUUAACGCUUUACCUGUCCUACAACGUGAAAUACGGGUUGCUUCAACUUAGAAGAUUGUCAAGAGGAUGCUACCGUAUUCCGUAUCCCUCAAGCGUCUGCGCGAUGUUUCGGAUAAGUCUGCCGCAGACUUGCGUUCGCGGCGGCGUUUUCAGUGCAACUUCUCGGAAGCUCUGCGGCGGUGUCUCGAACCAUUUUUCGAUUCCACGCUUCGCGCGCUCCGUACCGCGAGCCGAAGCCACUGAAAGUCUAACAGCUACGACGAGGCUGGGUCCUGAUCCCGGGUUGACUUUAUUGGCAGAUGUAAGCCACAUUCAGGGCUGGUGGCAUUCUCAAUCAUCUUUCCGUGUGGCGGCCGAUCCAAAGCGCGCGUACCUGCAUAUGGGUACCUGUCUUGGAUUGAAUUGGUCAUCUCCAGAUAUACGCUUGGCACGUAUGGAACAUGACAUCCAUUUCGGGCUAGAAAUUUUGAUCUGGUUUAUAUUUUGUGUUCUAAGCAUGGCAGGCACACGAUGUCCAGUUAUGGGCUAUGUGGGUAUUGGGAUGAAGGUUGAGGCGACACGCAGCGGAGAGUCUCACGGUCUCCGCACUUUCCGGACUCCUGAGAAUCGACUCGAACUCGCGUCGCAGAAAUUGAUAUGUUCCAGUAUUGUUGAAAUUCUAGACGCGAGUCUUGGAGUGGAGGAUGACAAGGAGGUGGUGAGGCCCUCCUGUGAAUUAAGCUUUGACGCAAUCUUUCACGCGGCCCCUGGAGAUCCGAUGCGGACACACGCAUGCAUUAACUCGUUGCUUCUUCUCAAAAACAAACAGCAAUGGGCGGGGCAAAGAGCCUCAAGAAAUUUCAUCACUUCUGGGAUUUGCGCAGGGGCAGGGAGAGACAAGAUCGAUGAAAAAAGCAAACCUUGCGGCGGCGUCCCGACUGAGGUCCCUGUAACCCCGGCCUUCCACGUGGUAGUGAUGCCUGAGCCCUCCUUUGCCAUGGCUGGGCUCGGUCUUAGGUUGACGUCUCGCAAAACCGGUCUCAACGAUGUGCUUCCGAGACUCCCGCAACGGUGGCUUUCCACGGAUGCCAUAGCCGAAUCUGUCGAGGGAGUCGUCAUGCUGAGGAGUCAAGGCUGGCGGAGGAGCCUGAAAAAACAGGGCCCAUUUAGCUCCCAAUCCGGCAUGUCUAACAGGGGUUGCCGAGGCUUCAGCCCGGUCAAUGCAGCUUGGGAACACACGGGUUGUACAAAUAGCCAGGGCAAACCUGGCACCCUUGUUUGCGCCUGGUCUGUCCCCCACGACAGUUCUGGUGGUAACAUCUCGCUGGAGAUAGCUGACCCAUGGAACAGCAAGCACAAGCUCCAAGAGAGCGUUGAAACAAUUUCCACAGCGGGAGAUGAAAUGGAAGCUUGGGAGAAGGACGGGAGAAAAUGCCGGAAGGCACUCGAUCGUCAAGCCAUACUAGAGCAAGCAAGGCCAGAAAAUUUCCAAAUUGCACAGCAAAAUUCAUUCAGUCCUGACACACAAGUGCUGGAUCCCUGUCAGUUCCUGAGCACCUGGCAAGCAACCAGUCGGAUGGAACACUCAAGGAGGCGUUUGGGCCAGCCUUGCGGCACCAUUGAGCUCCCUGGUGAUGUCAGAAUGAGGCCAGCAUCCGAAGCAUUUUCGGCGCUUGCUAAUGAGACGGGAUUGGAUCAACACAAUCUUCACACAGUCACGAGGGUGAUGAAACGAGCGCAGAGAGAGGCUGCCUCCGUGUUUCUUUCAAAUCGUGCCCCGAUAUUACCGGGAUGGGCGAUGUUUCUGACUUAUGCACGGUUCAGGCUCACCACUCCUUUUCCUAGGCAGCCCAACGCCUCAGCUCACCGCUUUGACCAAGCCAUGCACAAACAUAAAUACUGCUUGCCCCCUCCGCCCCUCAUAGUUUUUCAUAUAUCUUCCCGAGCAUUUCUAAUAUUGCCUGCCUUACUUGGAUUCUCCGUCCAUAACAAUCAAUACGCCUCUACCGACUUUCUCGUCGCCCGACCCAAUUGUAACAAACGCAAUUCAUCCCUCGAGCUCCAACCUCCACACAUCUCCAAUGGCUGUCAUCUGCAACGAGAUCAUGUCGACACAGAACCUUCCUCCGUGCCCUGGCCCGCCGCCAACACGUCCUUUGCCGCCGGUGCCUUCGAAAUAGAUUCGAACACCUUCGACUAUCCUCACCAACCCUCCAAGCUUGUUUUUUCGAAUUGCAUUUGGCUUCGGCGCAUCCCCAUGCCAUCGACAUCUACCCCUCAGCAACUACCCCAGUAUCUUCCUCUGCACCAUCCACAAUGGCUCCUUCAUCCCCAACUUUUACCUUCCCCAACCGCAUCCCACAUGGCUCUGCUAGGACUGCAUACUGUUCUUCACGGCAUCUGUAUCAUUCAGCACGAUCGGAUCUGGGCCAUGGGAUUGGAUACACCUCCUGCAGCACACCCCGGUCAGCUGUUUCUAACCAAGCCUUCGGAUGACGACCUCAUCGAAUUUGUCUUCCUCAUACUGCAGGCUGCCGCAGCCCUGUUCACUGCAUGCUGCGCAUCACCCGUCUCUGAGGAAGGCGUAAGCUGCUCUUGGAACCUCCAAUCACCUACCGCUUGGCCUUCCGCUACUGCCGCCUCAGGCCUUCUGACUCAACAUCGCUCACUUUGCUUCUUCCGCAAACACACGCUGCUUCUUUUUUUUUGGUUGCUGCUAUGGAUUUUCUCCAGUCGUUGUAAUACUGAGCGAUUUCUCUACUUGCUUUUCGAUCGGUUAAUGCAUCAGCUGGCGCCAAAUCAUGAACAUGAUUGUACAUUAGACAUGGGCUAUUUUGGGAGUUUAUCAUCUGCAAGGAAGGGCAUGGAAAUAUCGGAAUACCCAUAUGUCUAUCAGACGCUAAUUUUGAUCAAUGAAUACUUUAUCACACUUGCAGUAUUGCUCUAUCCGAAACUUGCUAUGACUGCACUGUACGACCAUUUCCAGGAAGCCUUUGGACUUCCAGACGUUAUGCUAGAGUUUGAGAGUCAAGCGGAUACGACUUCGCUCAAUGAAAAUGAUAUUCCCUGUUUCCUGUACGACGUUACAGCUGUUUGGCGUGGUGUGAUCAAAAACGGAGCAGCGCUAUUUUUUGAUCAUCUCAUGCCAAUUCUCCAACUUCCAUCCCACACCAUCCGACAAUCUCACAUCACCUUCCUCUCCUCCGUGCAACAGGCAGCACCAACAUCCCGCGUUCCUGAACGGCGGUGUCCUAUAGUGACGUGUUGCAACACCAAUCUCUCACCGAUUGUUACCCGUUCCUAUCCGCUUUCUUGCUUCGACGACACGGAGUUGAGACGGUUUAGGCACCCCACAAAACCACUCCGCUGCCCUCGAUUGAUGGAUAACUUAAUCGGUCUGUUAUACCCAUGUCAUUGGGAUCCUGGACUUGCUCCGCCGCAGCCAUUAGAUAGAGGCAUUCGGUUGUUUCCGAGCUCCCGGGUUCAAUUUGCUCACAGCAUCGCCGUCGCCAACAAGCAAGUUUGCCUCACCAGCCGCUGGAUUCCUGCGCAUUUUCCUGAAUCGGCCUUCCCUGGCACCCUGGAGUGGAGUCAACUCAACUUGUCAGCCAUCCAACAUGAUCUGUUGUGGUACGCAAAGGCCGCGUUGCUUGUGUGA